GUGGCGGAAGUGACGAGUUUAACUAACCUAUAAUACAUGUGUCAAAAUUGGUAAACAAAAACAUAUUGACAGAUUUGACAGUUGGUUAAUUGUUAAGAAAUUAAAGAAAUGUAAAAAGUAGUUUGUCAAAUUGGAUUAUUGUUGUAUUUAAUAGUCAACUAAAAAGAGGAAUAUAAAUGUUUAUAGUUGACAAAUUUUUAUAAACUAUUGAAUUAUAGUUGUCAAAGUUUAAAGAAUUAAAUAAAAUACUACAAUGGCCUUUCUUCGAGGCUCUGCUAAUUAUGUAUGGUGUACAACCAGUGUACUUGGAAAAGGUGCCACAGGUGCUGUUUUUCAAGGGGUAAAUAAAAAUAAUGGCGAACCAGUUGCUGUAAAAACAUUUAAUCAACUUAGUCAUAUGCGACCUCAUGAUGUUCAAAUGCGAGAAUUUGAAGUAUUAAAGAAAGUUAAACACGAAAAUAUUGUUAAAUUAUUAGCAAUUGAAGAGGAACAAGAUGGCCGUGGGAAAGUAAUUGUUAUGGAACUUUGUACUGGUGGAAGUUUAUUUAAUAUUUUAGAUGAUCCAGAAAAUACAUAUGGUUUAUCAGAAAGUGAAUUUCUUCUUGUAUUAGAACAUUUAUCAGCGGGAAUGAAACAUUUGAGAGAUAAUAAUUUAGUACAUCGUGAUUUGAAACCUGGUAAUAUUAUGAAAUUUAUUGCCGAUGAUGGCAGUACUGUUUAUAAACUUACUGAUUUUGGUGCAGCACGUGAAUUACAGGAAGAUCAACAAUUUGUAUCACUUUAUGGUACUGAAGAAUAUUUACAUCCUGAUAUGUAUGAGCGUGCUGUUUUAAGAAAACCCGUGGGAAAAACAUUUGGAGCAACUGUUGAUCUUUGGUCAAUUGGAGUUACUUUAUAUCAUGUGGCAACGGGAAAUUUACCAUUUCGUCCAUUUGGCGGUCGAAGAAAUAAAGAAACAAUGUUUUAUAUUACAACUAAAAAAGCAUCGGGUGUAAUAUCAGGUACACAAACAUCAGAAAAUGGACCAAUUGAAUGGAAUAGAGAAUUACCACAAAAUUGUCAAUUAAGUACUGGUCUUAAAAAAAUUACAACACCAUUAUUGGCUGGUUUAUUGGAAGUUGAUCCACAGAGAAUAUGGUCUUUUGAACGUUUUUUUGCUGAAGUUAUGGAUGUAUUGAGUAGAAAACAAAUUUAUAUAUUUAAUGUUCCACGUGCUGAUAUUAUUAAAAUUUUCUUACAUCCUGAGGAAAAAAUGAAUGAAUUUCAAAAUCAUAUACAAGAUCAAACUGAUAUUUCUCUUCAUGCACAAAUAUUGUUAGUCAAUGAAAAUCCAUUGUCAUUUCUUGUUGAUGAAUCAACACCUGGCAAAGGUUAUCCAUUAACAACAUUAGAUAAUCCUUUAAUAUUAUUUUCACGUGAUAAUAAUAAUGUGAUUAUUCCAAAAGAUUCUGAAUUACCAAAAUUUCCAACAUUUUCAAAUCUUGUCUCAGUUGAAAAUGAUGCUAGUCAAGCAAAAUUAUCGUGUUCCGUUGGUCAUGUUUGUAAAAGAAGAAUUGAUAAUUUAGUGAGAUGCAGUAAAUUAUCACAGGAUGCAGUUUCUGCAUUUAUGAAACUUUUAUCAACAGAUUUGACAAAACUUUUAAAUAAAUGUCAUCGUUUAAAGGAUUUAACUAAAGCAAUAGAAGACACUGUCACGGCAACAGAGAGAACUGAACAUAUUGCUAGGCAAAUUUUUCGUAAAUUUAGAAAUCAAAUUAAUUUUGAAUUUAAAAAUUGGAAGAAGGAUCUUGAUUUGAAAAGUAAAGAACUUUUGGUAGAUCUAGCUCCAGCGGUGACACAAUUGCAUCAAAGAUACGUGAAAGAAAAUAUUUUACAAGCAGAAUGGGAUAAUAUUACUCGUUGUUUAAAAUGUCCAUGGUCAUCAAAAGCAAAUCAAAGAGCAACAACAUUGGUAGAUCGUUUAAGAGAUGGCUGGCAACAUUUAUUACGUGAUAGAGCAACUCGAAGUCUUUCAUAUAAUGAUGAACAAUUUCAUGUCUUGGAGCGAAUUAAGGUAACAGAAACUGGACGUAGGCUUAAAAUUCUUCUUGAUUUAGAAUGUAUACCAGCGAUUACUCAACGAUCUGAAUCAUUGGCAGAUUGGUAUAAAAUGGCACAAACGGUAUAUUUGCAAUCUCAAAUUUUAGACAAAGAUGUUGGCAAUUAUGAAACAACUUUAGAAUCAUUUUCAUAUCGACUUUUUCAUGAAAGUAAAGAACAUUAUGAUAAUAUUUUACAUGAAAUAGAUAAAUUACCAGGCAAAUUAUCAACAUUGGAGAGACCAAAUGUUUUAGAUAAUGGAAAUGUUAAAAAAUGGCGAAAUAUUUGUGAUAUACAGGAACAAAUUUGUUUUAUUCUUCAGGAAAAUAAUCAAUUAGUUGAUGAAUUGGAUAGUUUAUCAAUUGUAGAUGUAUUUGACAAUGAGAAAGAAAAUUCUGAAUUUCAUUGAUAGUAAAGAAAUUUUUUUAAAUAUUUAAAAACAUAAUUUUUUAUGUUUAUAAAUAUAUCAAGAAUGUAUUAAUAAUAAUUUUACUGGAUGCAUUUUGCAGUAAAAAAAAUCACAAUUGCCUAAAAAUAUAAUUGAUAUUUAUUUUAAAAAAUUUUAAUUACAAAUUUCUAUAUACCUAAUAAACAAACUGAAUUUAAAUUAUAUUUUUGUUAUAACAGUGUUAAAAUAUAUAAACUUUAAUAAGGUUUGAA